AUGAAGUACGUGAUAGAGCAUAUGGAGGAAGGAUUUUCCGAGUGGGUCAUUCUAGAGUAUUCACAAAUUAUCAAGGAUGUAGGUAAAGAAAAUCUUAUACUUACAUCGCUUCCACCAUCAACCACUGAAAACGAUAUCCCCAAAAGAUUACUCGACCUCGGGAUCAACUGGACCACCAAAGAAUGUGUUGAGCUAGAAGAAGGUGGCUUGAAAAAAGAGGAAGUGUGCUUACUUGACCCAGCAGCCAAGACAGAUUUAACCCCUCAAGAUAAAUCGAAAUUCAAGUAUUUUGUAUUUGGUGGAAUAUUGGGUCAACAUCCAAGGAUUGAUCGCACGGGGAUAUUACGUGAGAAAUAUGGGUUUAUGGGAAGAAGAUUGGGGUCAUUACAAAUGACUACAGAUACCGCUGUUCGAACAACACAAAGAAUAAUCGAAGAUGGGAUUGAAUUUGACAAGAUUAAAUUUUUGGAUUAUCCUGAAAUCAAAUAUAAUAAAUACGAAUCUACAGAAAUGCCAUUUAGGUACAUCGUUGAUGACAAAGAUGAACCAAUUUUGCCCGAGGGGAUGUUGGAGUUGAUCAAGCAUGAUGCUGAUCAAAGUAUAGAUGAUUUGUUAAUAAAUUGA